GGAGGAGAGACAGGCACCAACUUCCUGUGUGUCGAUCUGCGUUCAGCCGAGUUCAGCCUGGCUGCUGCUGCUGCUCCGGGAGGCUUGUGGCUGUGCACACCGGGCAGGAGGAGGCUUCAGCGGGUGGAGGAGGUAGUGUGUAAGCCGGAGAGACUCCCGGGACCUCCGUGCAGAAGGAACAGCGGAAACAGGAGAUAUAAAUGUGGAUUGUUUACACCGCAGGGUCCCGCCGAUCCUGCUCCAGAGCGACCGCUUGGGCUCAGCAGACCCGCCGCAGAUAGCGUCACCGGAGUGGGGCUGAUGUUGGCCGUGGUGCUCGGCCUUCAUCCUCUUCAUCAUCCAGCCUGCUGUUUGUGUGUUUAGCCGGGGGUGAGUCCCGCGGGAGGACCGGAGAGAGGAGCGGGGGAGCGACGCAGCAUCGCCCCGUGCAUGGUGCAGCGGGGCCGGGGAGCGAGUGGAUGAGACGCCGGAGCUGACCCAGAGAUGGCUGUUCUCAAACUGGCGGACCAGCCUCCUCUCAUCCAGGCGAUCUUCAGCGGAGAGCCUGAAGAGAUCCGGAUGCUCAUUUACAAGUCUGAAGACAUCAAUGCUCUGGAUACAGAGAAGCGCACGCCGCUGCAUGCAGCAGCCUUCCUGGGCGAUGCAGAGAUCACCGAGCUGCUCAUCCUCUCUGGGGCUCGGGUCAACGCCAAAGACAACAUGUGGCUCACCCCUCUGCACCGCGCUGUGGCAUCACGGAGCGAGGAGGCGGUGCGAGUUCUGAUCCGUCACUCUGCUGACGUGAAUGCUCGGGACAAGAACUGGCAGACGCCGCUUCACGUUGCUGCAGCCAAUAACGCGCUGCGAUGCGCCGAGGUCAUCAUCCCUCUGCUGAGCAGUGUCAACGUGUCGGACCGCGGCGGACGCACCGCUCUGCAUCACGCCGCCCUCAACGGCCACACAGAGAUGGUGAACAUCCUCCUCGCCAAAGGAGCGAACAUCAACGCCUUCGAUAAGAAGGAUGGCCGAGCGCUGCACUGGGCUGCUUUCAUGGGUCAUUUGGAUGUGGUGUGUCUGCUGGUGAGUCAGGGGGCUGAGAUCAGCUGUAAGGACAAACGGGGGUACACUCCCCUCCACACGGCGGCGUCCAGCGGACAGAUCGCUGUGGUCAAACACCUGCUGAACCUGGCCGUGGAGAUCGAUGAGUCCAACGGGUUUGGGAACACGGCGCUCCACUUGGCUUGCUUUAAUGGUCAGGAUGCUGUAGUCAGUGAGUUGAUCGAUUAUGGCGCCAACGUCAGCCAGGCCAACAACAAGGGCUUCACCCCUCUGCACUUUGCUGCAGCGUCCACACACGGAGCGCUGUGUUUGGAGUUUCUGGUCAAUAACGGGGCUGACGUCAACGUGCAGAGUCGGGAUGGAAAGAGUCCUCUACACAUGACCGCAGUUCAUGGACGCUUCACUCGAUCCCAGACCCUCAUCCAGAACGGCGGUGAGAUCGACAGUGUGGACAAAGACGGAAACACUCCUCUCCACAUCGCUGCUCGUUACGGCCAUGAACUCCUCAUCAACACGCUCAUCACCAGUGGAGCAGACUGCACGAGACGAGGAGUCCACGGCAUGUUCCCUCUGCACCUGGCAGCCAUGAACGCUCACUCGGACUGCUGCAGGAAGCUGCUGUCCUCAGGUCGGAGGUUUAGCAUAAUGUGUAACGACUCGGUCCUGUCUGCAGGCUUCCAGAUCGACACGCCGGACAGUCUGGGGAGGACCUGCCUGCACGCCGCUGCUGCUGGAGGUAACGUGGAGUGUGUGAAGCUGCUCCUGAGCAGCGGAGGAGAUCACAACAGGAGGGAUAACUGCGGCAGGACUCCGCUCCACUACGCUGCAGCCAGCCGCCACUUUCAGUGUCUGGAGACUCUGGUUGCUUGUGGCACCGCCAUCAACGCCACUGACCAGUGGGGGCGCUCUGCCCUGCACUACGCUGCUGCCUCAGACCUGGACAGGAGGCGUCGUGUUGCACUGGAGCCGGAGAGUGAAGGAGUCCAGGCGGAGAGGGAGAAAGAGGCAGCGCUAUGUUUGGAGUUCCUGCUGCAGAGCGGAGCGACGGCGUCUCUGAAAGACAAACAGGGCUACAGUCCUGUUCACUACGCCGCAGCCUACGGACACAGGCACUGUCUGGAGCUGCUGCUGGACAGAGACGACAGCCACCAUGACGACCCUGAAGCUCUGAACGCCCGGAGCCCGCUGCACCUCGCCGCGUAUCACGGCCACGCUCAGGCUCUGGAGGUGCUGCUGCAGGGGGAGAGGGAGGUGGACCAGGGGGACGAGUCAGGGAGGACCCCUCUGGCCCUCGCUGCUCUCCGAGGACACACGGACUGCGUUCACACGCUCCUCGGUCAGGGGGCGUCGCCUCGCACCACAGACACCCAGCACGGACGCACACCCGUACACCUGGCAGUGAUGAACGGUCACACGACGUGCGUGCGCCUCCUGCUGGACGAAUCGGAGGCUGCAGAGCUCGUAGACGCUGCGGACGCUCAGGGACAGACUCCUCUGAUGCUGGCGGUGGCCGGAGGUCACGUGGACGCCGUGUCGCUGCUGCUGGAGCGUGAAGCAAAUGUCAACGUGGCCAAUAAACACGGUCUGACCGCGCUGCAUCUCGGGCUGCUGUGUGGUCAGGAGGAGUGUAUCCAGUGUCUGUUGGAGCAGGAAGCGUCCGUGUUGCUCGGAGACUCUCAAGGUCGCACAGCGAUCCACCUGGCGGCGGCUCGAGGCCACGCCUCCUGGCUGAGCGAGCUGCUGUGCAUAGCCUGCUCGGAGCCGCCGUCUCUGCCCCCGCUGAGAGACAACAGGGGGUACACGCCUCUCCACUGGGCCUGCUACUACGGUCAUGAGGGGUGUGUGGAGGUGCUGCUGGAGCAGAAAGGAUGUCGAUGUAUUGACGGGAAUCCAUUCACGCCUCUGCACUGUGCUGUCGUGAACGAUCACGAGCCGUGUGCGUCCCUUCUGCUGGAGGCCAUGGGCUCAGACAUCACCGGCUGUAAAGACUCAAAGGACAGGACUCCUCUUCACGCUGCAGCGUUCGCGGGCCACGUCGACUGUGUCCAGCUGCUCCUCUCCCAUGACGCACCUGUGGACGCUGUAGACCAAUCGGGUCGCACUGCCCUGAUGAUGGCGGCAGAGAAAGGCAGAGCGGGAGCCCUCGAGGUGCUGUUGAGCAGCGCCAACGCCAACUUCAGUCUGACAGACAAAGACGGAAACACCGCCCUGCAUCUAGCCUGCAGUACUGGAAAGGAGGAAUGUGUGAUGAUGAUCCUGGAGAAGCUUUCUGACACGGCGCUCAUUAAUGCGACAAAUACAGCGCUGCAAACUCCUCUCCACCUGGCGGCUCGCAGCGGUCUGAAGAAGGCGGUCCAGGAGCUUCUGUCUCGGGGAGCAAACGUUCAGACGGUGGAUGAGAACGGUCUGACGCCUGCUCUAGCUUGCGCUCCUAGCAGAGAGGUGGCUGACUGUCUGGCUCUCAUACUGGCUACCAUGAUGCCUUUCUGCUCCCCUUGCAGCUCCGGGGCCCCCUCCCCAGGCGCCCUGCUGAGGCAGCUGCCCCACCAGGGGGGGAAAGGCCCGAGCAGCGGCCCCAGGGCGCCACGCAGCCCCAGGAACCCCUCCGGACCCUCCAGCGAGGGAACAACGGAGAACGACUCGGAGGACUCAGAGACUUUCUGACGCCUGCAAACCGACUCUCUACCCUCCUACCUGAAGAUGUGCACCUGAACUCUUGACCCCUCCCUCCAGGAUAUGAUGCAGUUUUUUAACGUGUGCUCUUCAGCGAGGAGGGUAGAGACUUGGUUCGGAUGUUUUCUGCUCUUCAUGCGGGGAGAAUUGUACAGAGCCGCUCCCUCUUAGUGCCCUUUUUGUUCCAGAAACACUGAGCUGAUGAACUGACUGAAUCCUGCAGCUGAACAAGUCGCUCCACAAAGACGUAGAAGGAGGUUUUAGAUCUGGAUCGAGGAGAUUGCGGUCCGGGUCUGCAUGCUUGUCACACCACGGUUUGUUCCUCCUCCUCACGGGUGCUUAAAUCCAAACCGACCUCGGUACUUCAGCCUCUGCUCGCCUCAGAGACUCGUUUUGUCUUAAAAAGAAGAAGCCAUUUUUAACUGUUUGUAUGAAAUGAAGUAGAAAAUGAAGAAAGUUUAGAUGUGAUUUUAACCUUUUUAUGAUUUUGGCUUGUUGUUGUACCAAAUAUUUGACUUCCACACAAAAAAACAAACAUGAACCGAAGGAGACAGGUACUAAGAGCUGUUGUUUUGACAACUGAAGCACAAAUUAAAACUUUGCUUUGAGUUUUUAUGAGCUGGAAUGUGAAGUGUGCAUCGUUUGAUCGGGAUGUUUAGUAGUUUAAAUAUUUUCACUUGCGAGGUUAAGACGACGGGAACGUCUCAACUCCCUCAUUUGGCCGAAGAGAAACUCAGGAAAAACAAACAUUUCCAAAGAAAGAGCGGCACAAGAGCUCAUUCUUUCUUAUUUGCAUUUGUUGAUUUUACAGGGGUUACUGCCCUUUGUGAUGUCACGAAGGGAAAAUCUCCAAACGACCUGUUUGAGCACACAUUUUCAGAAAAGUGGAGCAGGCAAAAGACGGAGAGGAUGAACUUUUCUCAUCAUUGGGCGGUUUGUAGACAGACUAGAGACACAUGUUAGAGAAACAUGGUGAAGUGUGUUUUACAUCAUAUGUGACCUUUGACCUUUUCAAUCUGGGUACAGUAAUCAACCUUUUAUUCAUCUUAAAUUCAUUGCUCUUGUCCUGGACAAUAUGAGAGUUCCCUGAAGAUAAUCUCUGAGCAUCUCCUCCCUCUUAUUACUAUAAUUGUUAAACUUUCAUGGCCGACAGAAACACAUAAAUAAAUUGAUUUCCACACCGCCAAUAAAACGAAGGAAUCUCGCAGCGAUCAAAUGAGGGGAUUGAGACAUACCCACGGAUGAAAACAGGGUUUGUGCAGACGAGAAUAAAAUCUGAGAUUUUUUUAGCAUUUUCAUGUUUGUUAGCCAGAAACGCCUCCUACAGGCGUCUCCUCCUCCUCCUCCUCCUCCCUGUAACCAGAACUUUUCCAUCUGGAUGUUUCUAAAAGUUGAAUCAAUCAAAAGUUUAAAACUCAGAUGAUUCUCCAACAGCGCUCAAAGAUUUCUACACACCUCCCUCAGCGCUCCUCGGUUCACUGAGGUAUUUAUGAUCUCUGACAUGAUGGUACAAAUACUGCCAGCACUUCUCAACCUCUUCUCUGCUCCUACUGCUCCUCUUCCUCCACUUCCUCGUCCACCUCCUCCUCCUCUUCCUCCUCCUCCUCCUCUCGUCUGUCCGUCUACCUACCAGCUACGUGCCAUUGUCUUAAACGUGUCCAGUGCCUUGAUGUCAUUAAUUUUAGGAUUUUCAUAUUUUGAUCAUUUAAAGGAUCAGCUCGCCGUAAACACAAAAAAAAAAAAAAUCUGUGGAUGCUUUAUGUGUCCAGUUUUUUAAGAUUUUCCGCUCUAACUCCGAACAAUUUAUACAAAAUUGCCUUAACUGAGAUUUAGAAACAAUGUCUUUAAUAAUCAGCUGGGUAAAUUUUAUUAAACAUAAAAAAAGACUUGCAUUUUAAUUUUCUUGGAUGUCAUUCAGUAAAUCAUUCUUCACGUGUGGAGAUGAAGAUGACUUUGUUUUUUAAUCUUUAAUCAGUUCGAGCUUCAGUAACUUUUGACCUGGGAGCAGAAAUCUGGACGACUCCAUCCUGUGUGUUCGACCCAGCGACUGCUCGAUAAGACGUAUUUUUUUUUUAUUGGCGUUUGGUCGAGCUGGUUCUUUAAUAUCUGCCGCAUUACGCAGACAGUUUUGUUCCACUGAAUGACAAAGUUUGAGAGAUGAAUAUGCAGAUUGAAUUUGUAAUGAAAUGAUGUCUCACUCCUCCGUUUUCUCUCCUGCACGUUCGGUGAACUUCUGAAUAUUUUCUUGUCGACACUUCACAUGAAAAGACUAAAAACCAGCAGAGUGUUAGUCCAUGUCGGUACGUUGCAGUCCGUCUGGCUGUUAAAUCGAGGUCCCACUCAAACACAGAUCAGAAAGUGCUCGUUUGACGUCUUUAAAAAGUGAUUUAUUCCCCUUAGACAGCUGGGAACUGUAGUCUUUUACAAAUGUCUCGUGUCAGAUAUUUUUAGAUUUAUUCACCAAACAGCAUUUCGUUUCAUAUGAAUUACAACAAGCAUCAUCACUCUCAAGAGUGCGGUGAUGCUCAUGCUCAGUUAGCUUACAGUAGUGUUUGAUAACUGCAUAAUGAGGGAUGAACUCAAUGUAUGUGUGUUUCAAUAUCUAUCUCAACGGAUCAAAGAUCUAGGAAAAUUUAAGUGAUGCCAAAUUGUUUUACUUACUUGAACAGAUCAUAAGUGGGGAUAAAAGGGUAAAAAAAUUAAAUAAAUAUGCGUGAGUUUGCACACAAACGUGAUGUCACAAGUCAGUGCUCCAGUUGGGCCAAACCAGUUAGAAAAGUCUGGACACGCCCACUCCUGUUAUGACAAAGCAAAACGACACAUAAACCAGUUUAACACCGAGGCUCAUCGACGUGUUUUUAUAAUCUCUGGAAAGAAAUUAAGCUCAGCUGUUUUUUUUCGUCUUUUCAUGAGAUUUUUCAAACAAUAAGAAAAUACCAGAAACUCUCCGGACUGACCCUUUAAUAAUGUGUGUGUGUGUGUGAGAGUGUGUGUGUGUGUGUGUGUUGUUUAGGUACUGAUUGCUUUUGUAUAUAAUGUUGAAGUAAAGCUUUGUAUGAAAUUAAAUCAUCUACAUCACAACACCACGUUUGAACUCGCAGGGUGAAAAAUGCUCUGAUGAGAUUUGUUGAUGAAAUAAGAAGAAUUGGUGUUUAUUGAUGAUUUGUCGUCUAAAUUCUAAACCCUGUUAGCUGCCAUUAGAUUCAUCCGGAGAUGUAAGCACACACGUUGUUAGCGAGCACCACCUCCUUCUGAAGGUCUGCAGAGACUAAAUCUGUCCGACAGUAUUAUUAUUAUUAUUUUAUUUUUAUUUCAAAUCGAACAGAAAAUGAUCGUCACCAGUCCUGACAAUCGCUGCGUCAGGUGUCUGAUGAUUUUCACUCCAGUUCCUGAUGCAGUGCGACAUGCUGACGGCUGAUUUUCAGCUUCCCUUUGUUUUAUAUGAAAUGUACAAUAAAUAAAACAUCUGUUUGAAGCUA